AUGGUGGUGACCACUGUGGUGUUCUCUCGCGAGUUGGACCGCAUCGACUCAACCACCUUCUGCCCUGCCUCCGCGAAGGCCUUCAUCGUCUUCGUGCCUUGCGGUGUGUCACCUGUAUCGUCCGUGUUGUGCACGUGGUCGGCCUCCGGCUUGUGCUCGUCGAGGAGAGCUGCCCACUUCUUGUAGAACUCGACGAUGCGAGGCUCCUUGUCCUCGGUGAUUCUGUUUGCCUCGUUGAUGCGAGUCGUGCGCUCCGACACCCCCAGCUAGCCAGUCCUUCCCCGGGCCCUUGUCUGGAUCCCAGGGGAUC